AUGCCCAAGUACGCCAAAGACCAGUCCGUCGGUUUCAAAAACGCCAUUGAAAGAGUCGCCAUUGUCGGCGCUGGGGGCACAGUUGGAUCGCACAUUGUCAACGCCCUUCUAAAGACCGGAAGACACACAGUCACGGCCCUUUCCCGCAAAGACAGCAGUAACAAACUGCCCGAGGGCGUCCUUGUCGCCCCAGUCGACUACGAUGACGAGUCCACCAUUGUUGCCGCCCUCAAGGGCCAGCAAUUUUUUAUCAUAACCAUGGCCCCUACUGCUCCACGGGACACCCACAGCAAGCUCGUCCAGGCGGCCGCCAAAUCUGGUGUUCCCUACAUUAUGCCGAACGGGUACGGCGCCGACAUUGACAACAUUAAACUCGGCGAGGACACGCUGCUGGGCCCCGUGGCCAAGGCCAACAGGGACGAGAUUGAGGGGCUCAACAUGCAGUGGAUCACAGUGUGCUGUGGGUUCUGGUACGAUUACAGCUUGGCGGGCGGGGAUGCGCGCUUUGGGUUCGACUUUGACAAGCGUUCCAUGACAAUUUACGACGAUGGCAACACCAAGAUCUCUACCUCAACGUUAUCGCAGGUUGGGCGCGCUGUGGCCAAGGUACUGAGCCUGAAUGAGCUGCCUGAGGACGAAAACGAUAAGGGCCUGACUCUGUCGACGUUCCUCAACAAGGGCGUGUACAUUAAGAGCUUUGUAGUCGGCCAAAACGACAUGUUUGAGAGCGUCAAGCGCGUCACUGGUACUACUGACGCCGACUGGACGAUAACUCAUGAGGAUACCAAGAAGCGAUAUGAGGAUGGCCUGGCGCAAGUUAAAGUGGGUAACAUGGCUGGCUUUAGCAAGAUGCUGUACGCAAGGGCGUUUUAUCGGGAUGAUUCCAAUGAUCUCACGGAGAAGGCACAGAAUGAUCUUCUUGGAUUACCGGAUGAGAACCUGGAUGAGUCUACCAAGGUUGGGAUAGAUUUGGUCAAGGAGCUGCAGCUUCGUGUUGAGCGUAUGGCUUCCUAG